UAGACGUAAUCGGACGUAAUCUCGCGUUUGUCCAUCUUUUAAUUCCAUUUUGUUAAUUAAUCGCGGUAUGCGACUGCAGCGUUCGCCGUUAAGUUCGUUCUUUUGUCUGUCGAACGGUCGGCUAUUUGUCGUGUUUGUCUUUGUCGCCGGCUGCGCAUUGGCAAAUGAUUUCCUCAGCCCCCCGACGACCGUUAAAGCGAGGGAGAAUAACACGGUCCUUUUACCAUGUUACCUGGACACUUUGUCUAAUGACGGAGCUUACGCUAUAGCGGUAAAGUGGUACAAAGACGAGGAAUUUUUGGCGGACAGUACCAACGAAACGGUGCUACUCCCGGAAAGGCAUACGCUUUGGGAAAAUGGAUCUCUACAAAUUGUAACUGUUCAACCGCUUGACACCGGGGAAUACACAUGCGAAGUAAUCAGACCCGAACCUUGGAGUGCAGUUCGACAAAAACACGCCAUUGAAGUAUUACAUCCGCCAUCCGUAGAACCAUUUCCUCCAACCGGGUUUUUGAAGGUGAAGCUGGGUGAAGAGGUGAGAAUGUCCUGUAAGGGUAGGGGGGUGCCAUACCCUAUAAUAACCUGGUCCAGUAAGGGAGAAGAAUUGUUGUUGCUCAAUAAUCGAGAAUUGCUGGUUUUCGAUGCGUCAGACAGACAGUUGGCCGGAAUAUAUCAGUGCAGAGCGGCAAACGGAGUAGGUGAACCGGCCAAGGCUCAAAUCGAACUCAAAAUUAUUUAUCCUCCGGAAAUUAUCACUUCCCGAUCUUGGAUACACACUGCACCAGGUCACAGGGCUCAGUUAGAAUGUAGAGUAUCAGCGGAUCCUCAAGCCAGCGUUACGUGGCUGAAGGGGGAAGUUGUAGUUCCGUUGGACAGCAGAGUGGUCGCUAUGGUGGACGGUGACAAAUACAUUCUUCUAAUUAGAAAUGUCCAAAGGAGUGAUUUUGGAAUCUACACCUGUCGGGCCCUCAACGAGCUGGGCCAGGGCGAGGUACAAAUUCAACUCUCGGGAGUUCCAAAUCCAGGAGUGUUUAAGAAAGCACCCGAAGACCACACGAACUUUAGAAACACCUACACCCUCAUUUGGGAGGUGGAUAGUUAUACGCCGAUUAUCGAGUACAACUUAUGGUUCAGACCUUAUAAAAGUCAGAGGGGGAUUAAUAAAAUCGACUGGACGAAGCUUACGAUUCCAGCCGAGCACAGUUAUGGUCCAGUUUACUCCAAAUCAUAUACCCUGAGAGGGCUGCAGGAGAGAAUGAUCUACGAGGUGUUGUUGGUUUCCAGGAACCGUUUUGGUUGGUCGAAACCGUCGCCAAUUUUAAGGUUUGCAACGGCGGGAGCUGAAUUGCAAGAAGAUAUGAUAACCACCGUGCAAAUCAGUGUUCGAGAUGAUGAAAAUUUAAUUCCCUUAAACCUAACGUCUAGAUCUUCCCAAUUAUAUAAUAGGUCACUUAUGCUGUUAUUUCCAAUUAGUGUAUUACUUUUUUUAACAUAAAUGCGAUAUAAAAUUGAUCGAUUUGUGCUUUCAUUUAGCAUAUUAUGCAACAAGUCUGAUAAAGGGCAUUUUUAUCAAGAGUUAUUUAAAAAGAUGUUACUCUGGGACCAUCACCAAAAAAAAUACAAUUUAGCGGGUGUGCUAUUUUUGUUUCUGUUUUGUUGUGUGCACUGGCAAUUAUUGAAUACGUCGUCUAAAUAAAAUAAUA